AUGGGUGUUGCAUUUAAGAGCCGUACGUCUCCUGUUAAGUGUCAGUUACUGAAAUCUUAUUAUGAAGGUGGAACAGAAAUCCACGGGUGACCACAUGGGUGCACGAUGUACAGCGUCUAUACGAUGCCGGAGACUACUGAUGAAGAGAUCCUCAAGAAUGGGCACGGUGAAGACUUCAACACCGAAGAUGAGGAAGAGGAGGAUAAUGAGCACAAUAGUAAUGGUAUUACAGCAGAAGCGAAUGGCUGGUGUGCUCGCCAAGGUAAUGUAGAUGGUAACAGGGUUAUACUUGUGGGUCGGAUCGACCCCAUGGAGCAUGUGGAACCUGUGUAUGGAACGGACGAGGACAUCGAAGGAGACAACGACGACGAUGAUGAAGACAAUGACGACAGUGGCGACAGCCCGGCCGUAGACCGUGAUGGUUGUGGCAGCGACUGCUCCCACGGUCGGUCCGAGGAGAUCGCGGCUGAAAGUGAUGGCAGUGUCCUCGAUGCAUGGGCGGGCGGCGGCGACGUGGCUGGGGGCGUGGCAGUGGAGGACCCUCUGCCCCCGCUCCUGCCGCCUCCCCUGCCGCUGCCACUGCUCUACCCGGUGCAGUCACCGCCUGUGCUCCCCGAUGAGGCAGCUCUGUUCUCGAGGCAGGCUACUGCCUUCUGUGGUAGCAGCUUCCUACAGGAGAGGUACUGUCCUACAUCAGAAGACUGCCUUCUAACCAGUGCGGAUGCUCGCAGGUUUAGUGCUCUGAUCGGGCCGGAGACCUCACGGCAUCCUGGAGACCCGCGACCUCCGUCCGUCGCGCUCGGUCCCUGGGGCGGGCUCGCCGUCCCUCUCUCUGCGGGUGCCGCGCCCCCUCCCCGCCCGUCCCGGACUGCACCUCCCGUACCGGUAGCAGUGCCAACCCACCGGUUCUCGACACCUCCCGUGCCGGACUCCGCCCCCGGCACCUUCAGUCUAGAGAACCUCCUGCGUGGCGGUGGCGGCGGAGGCGAUGACCGGCCGUACUGCUGCCCCGUCUGCCAGCAGCGCUUCGCCCGCUACAGCCACUACGCCCGUCACCUGUACUUCGCUCACGAGAAUGAGGGGAAGCACGUGCGGCCGCCCAGUUCAGGGAUUCAUCCCGAAGUAUCACUAGUGACGAGAGAUGCACCGCUGCCAGUAAACAGCGAGAUGCCGGGGGGCCCUCAGGAAGGUCCGACGAAUGCGACGUUCGUUUACGGAGACACGCUAAUCUUCAGGGGAGCUCCCAAGAUACCAAAUGCACCGUCUCCUCGGGUUCUCUCUCCGGCCUCGGGCAUGCCGCUCCCGCCCCAUACCCGUCCGGGUGGAUUGGGCAACGGCUCCGGUGCCCGGACAUACGACUGCCCAGUGUGUGAGAAGACGUUCCCAGACCGUGAGUCGCGGGCCCGCCACGCACAGGAGCACGAGCAGUUCCACUGUGAUGUCUGCGGCCGUGGGUUCCGCGAUGAGGUUGAGCGCGACCACCAUGCCAGCAUGUAUGCCGGCAAGCCUGCGCACAAGUGUGAUGCUUGUGGAAAGUGCUUCCACCUCACCCACAGCUUCGCCCGCCACAUGCGCACCCACACAGGCGAGCAGCCGUUUGCUUGUGAUGUGUGUGGGAAGCGCUUCAACGACAGCGGCAACAUGGCCAAGCACAUGCGCACGCACACUGGGGACCUGCCCUAUCCGUGCCCGCAGUGCCCGAGACGCUUCAGUGACCGUGCGAACCGGGCGAAGCAUGCACGCACGCACCACGGCGACGACAGACCUUUCCCCUGCAUGGAGUGCGGCCGCACCUUUGCCAACGGCAGCAACCUGGCGCGCCACCUGAAGGCGGCCCACCGCCACCGGCCGCCGGUGCCGGCACUGCCGUCUCACUUCAUCCCCGGUGCACUCCUGCUGCCACCUCUUCCGCCGCUGUCCCCGCCCCCGCACCACCACCUCCUGGCAGAGGGGGUCGACGCGGGGCACACUGGCACUGGGCGGAACGGAGGUGUCGUCUGUUAG